AUGCUCCAGGACAGAAGCGCCACUGUCGAUUUCGCCAGUUUUCAAGUGCAGACGGACAAGAACCUCGGUGUAAUCGAGGUUGGAGUGUUCGUCAGCUUGAUACUGUUCGGUAUUUUGCUCGCCCAAGCAUAUUCUUUCUUCUUCCGAAGGAGGGAAGACACCUCCGGGCUGAAGCUCCUGGUUUCUAGUCUUGUCUUCCUCGAGACAGUGCAUACCUCUUUGGCCGCCGCCGCGGUCUACUACGACACAGUCACGACGUGGAGACACCCCGCAAUAAACACAUAUCCACUCUCAGUAGCAACUAUUGUCGAGAAUCUAAUUACCACCAUGGUCCAGCUCUUUUUCGCAUAUCGCAUCAGGAGAAUAGCCCAGGGGCGAUCGCUCGCCGCUUUUGCAUGCUUUGUCCUCGCCGUCCUGCGCUCCAUUGGGGUAUUCGCGGUUGGCGUAAUCGCCAUCCGCGAGGUCAUAUCUGACGGCGGGACAGGCAUAUUCGUCGUGCGCGUCAGCUGGCUGAUUACGACUGGGCUCACGGUUGGCGGUGUUGCCGAUCUACUGAUAGCGGCAUCGAUGAUUUAUUAUCUGCGCAAGCUUUCUUCACCGACUGAUCUGAAGUCUACGGGCCAGAUUCUCAAGAGGCUUAUGCGGUGGUCUGUUCAGACGGGCCUUUUGACGAGCCUCGCACACCUCACCACCGUUAUAUGCUUUCAGACGAUGGAAGGCCGUAAGCCAUAUCCUAAUCGUAUUCAUCCGAUUACUAAACGGCCCCGUGUGCUAUUGGUCUGGCUCGCUAUUUACAUUGUUCUUGCAAAAUUAUACUCAAAUUCGUUACUCAUGAUGCUGAAUGCAAGCCCCCAAAAGGGCAUCGCUGUCAGCUUGUAUGAUGCCCCUAGCUCCGACAUCGGGGCUGUUAUGUCUGGCGGAGACGGAACAGAAAGGACCAUCCCAUUGUUGCGACUAAGCCAUAAUGCCUCCUCGUUGGUCAAGUCAUUAAUGAAGACACCAGCGGCUCAGUUACCUCCCAUUGAAGUUGCGGUCACAGUUGAAAGGGCUUAA